GUGGUAGAAGGUCCACUGAGGCGCCGGGCAUGUUCAAACAUAUCCAGGCGGACCAGCCUACCAAUCUCCACGGCAUGUUGUCAUUACGCACGGAUUAGGAUUUAUAUGCAGUCUGAAUGAGCCCUUGAAUCGGAUAUUAUUUGUUGUAACGAUGUUUUUUGUUUUUUUUAAGGCACAAUUGACGCCUUCACAAUAACAAGGAGUAUGUACUGAAUGGGUUAAUCAUUUCUGAAGACUUAGAUUAUAUUCUGUCUGAAGUCUCCGGCUCUGCGUGGCCAUGUCUCUCCCGACCAAAGUGAUGAGAGACGGGAUGCUGGAGAAGCGCAGCAGCGGGCUCCUCCAGCUGUGGAAGAAGAAGCGCUGCGUGCUCACAGAGGAAGGACUGCGUCUGCACAACUGCAAAGGCUCCAGCGGAGGGGCUGAUGUUCCGAGCUCAGCGUGGGGCUCCAAAGCCAAGGAGCUCCGCUUUGAGCGCAUGGCCACGGUCGACUGCGUGGAGUACAAGCGAGGGCUGGUGUACUUCACCGUGGUCAUGGUGACAGGGAAGGAGGUUGACUUUCGGUGCCCACAAGAAGGGACGGCGUGGAACGCGGAGAUUGCUCUGGCACUGGUGCGCUACAAGAACCUGCAGGCCGUGCAGACAGGGAGAAACAGGCACCUGUACUCAGCACACCUGGGGAGCACUGGGGAGGACGAGGAACUGUGACCUGCUUUCAUUCUUCCUGGAAAUGGACCAAUCAGAGCAGAGAAGAAGGGGAGAGCGAGGACAGCAGAUCUAUUUGCAAAGCCUGGUGGGACGACCUCACAGCUAUCACAGAAUAUGGAUUUAAGGAAGGAGAACAUGAGUUACAGACGCGCUCAUCUACUCACAAUGUCAAACAAAGCAUACGGAUGUGAUAAACUGUCAACAUGGAUGGCAUGUUUUUUCUCAUCUCUGGAGGUCAAUGUUGAGGCUGCCCCAUAAGGAAAAGAUGCCAUCGUUGGGACAGAAACUGUGGACACAUGUUUACCCCUUUGUGCCUUGAUAUUUGGAAAGUCGUUAUUUUGGCCAUUAUUUGUAGACAUUUUCUAGCAGUGGUGAAACUGGAGUCACUUUCGUUUUAUUAGCCUUGCUUUUUAUGACAACACAUCGUGUUAAAAUCGCUUUGAGAACUUUUGUUCUAGACUUAACAGAUCUGCAUGUUUUCCAAAGCUUAACAUGAAGUUUUUUGCUCAUAUCCAUUGCACAUUGUACAAAUAUAUUUGCUGAAACCAUGUACAGUAUUACAACCUUAAAAUAUUAAAUACGUUUUAAGCUGUAGCCCUGAAGUGUUGACAUAUUUAACUCAAGAUUGUACUUGUUUUUUAUAUGUUCGUCCUCUACUUUGUCUGAAGCAUAUGAUAUCACUUAGAACAAAGCAGUCAGCUGUGAUUCAUUUAAGGUUAAGACCAUUAAUUGCUCAUUUGUUUCCAGAUGUGGUGUAACCUUGCCGUUAAAGCCUCUGGAAAACACAAAAACUGUGGCAUUGCUCUCUUGCUCUUGUGUGAAUGCUUAAGUCAGGACUCCUUUUGUUCGGAGCCAUGUGGAGGACUAAUGAGAAGAACAGUGAGCCUGAGGCAUGUGCAUACAAACAACCACCACACACACACACACACACACAUUCACCUACAGAGGUUUGUGUGCACACAAACCAGCAUGAAAUUCAGUGAGGCCUCAGCAUCAGGAGACUCUUGUUAGCAAGGGUGAGCAUAUAUUGUUCAUUCAAUCAUCUUUGUGUGUGUG